AUCUUUCUACUUCCGAUCCAUAUGUUUCCGGUGUAAACAUUCGAGUGUGGCUAAAACGAGACCGGAGAAGUUAACGAAAUGUGAUGUUUUGAGGAUUCUCUCAAAUUAAGAUGGCUUUUUCAAGAUCAGCCAUGACGGGGUCUGGUAGUGCAGGAAGAAGGAUUGGUCAGAAUAAAUCAGGAAAAGCUUCAACAGAAAGUUUAAUGGGAACAAAACCACAGAAACUCUCUCGUCCCUCUGAUAAGCUGAAUCCCAAAACAGUGGAUCCAUUUUCAGCCACCUCCAAAAGUCAGUCUGCCUUUGCCUCAGUUUAUGCAACCGGGGGUAUUCCAUGCAGACUUGUCCAUGGAUCUGUGAAACACAAAUUGCAGUGGUCCACUCCACCUGACCAGCUUCCAUUUGAUCCAGUUCUAGUCACACUUGCAGAUGGCUUGAAAGAAACUGUACAUCCUUACACUUUUGUGUCUCGAGUUGGGUUUCAAGAGAUGUUGGAAGUGGAUGGAGCCCAGCAGAAAGUCUUGCCUGUCAUGCCAAAAAUUACAUUCUCCAUAAGAGCAGCAUUGAGCCACAAAGAUAACUCUGUAUUUGAAGGGGGCCUGGAUGCAUUGAUGCAGCUAAGUGAUGUUGUUGGACCAGAGCUGAACCAACACCUGAAGACGAUAUUAGUGCCGGUAUCUAAGAGAAUGAUGGAUAAAAAAUACAAGGAUCGUAUCACUGAAGCAGUGCAGCGUUUGGAACAAAAUGGUGGGAAGGACUCGCUUGUGAUCUUGAAGUCUAAAAUUCCAACGUACUCCUCUAUAUUUUGCUGAUCUGUUCAUUUUGUGUUGAGGGAAGAUAUCUCCGUCCUAGGAAAUGCCUCGUUUAAGUCCAGAAGUGUUUUAAUUCAUUUGGUGCUACUAAUUGAUAGAAUAGAUAGAAAAAAACUGUAAUUUACAUUUCUAAAUCUUCCGUAUAAUGUACAUACACAAUGAUUAUAUUGAAUAAUGUUAUCUGAUGAAAUUUAUAGGACCUCAAGUUCUUCCAUAUUUGCGUGUCAUAUUCAUAAUCUAGAAUAGCCAUAUUUUUGCUGGUUUUCAGUUUAAAAUAUGCUUUUAUCAACUUGUUCAUUUUCAAUGUUCGUUGUUUCAGAUAGGUUGAAUGUUGGAUAUUUUUAUAUCUAUAUUGUAUGUGUACCAAUACAUGUAUAUAAAAAAAAUAUUGCUGUCAAUGAUUAUUCAUUAUUAUUACACUUCAUGAGAUUGUUUUACCUGCACAGAUUUUUCCAGGUUGAAUUGUUUUGUAUUGUGUGAAAAUAUACAGUUGAACCUACAGUUAUAUUAAAAUUUGCAUAGAAUUUUAAAUCAUGAAAUUGUGUUGAACAUUGCACACUUGUACAAUUCAUGAUUUUAAUCAAAAUCACCAAAUAAAAUUAUGUUACACAUUA